CGUAUGGAGAAAGUUAAGUACAAGCUGGGUUUUUCAAAUGGACUUAUUGUUCCUAGUAGGGGACGUAGGGGUGGCCUUGCUCUGCUCUGGUCCAGUGACACUGUUCUGGAAAUUAAGAGCUAUUCAGACUAUCACAUUGAUGCGGUUAUUACAGAAUCUAGCAAUGGUUUCUUGUGGAGGUUCACUGGGUUUUACGGGCAUCCUGAGACUCAUCUUAGGGAAGAUUCCUGGAAACUCCUUUCUUUUCUUAAUAGUCAGUUUAAUUUUCCCUGGUUUUUUUGUGGUGACUUUAAUGAAAUUCUUUCAAUGACUGAAAAAGCAGGUGGUGCUCUUCGUUCUCAAUGCCAAAUGGACAAAUUUCGGCAAGUUGUGAAUUUAUGUGGAUUUAAGGAUUUGGGGUUUUGUGGCCCUGAUUUUACCUGGUGCAAUAUGAAGGAGGGGAGCAGCAGAAUUUUGCUCCGUUUGGACAGAGCCUUUGCUAGCUCUGAGUGGCUUAAUCAUUUCAAGGAUCCAAUUGUGCAUCAUCUGGUUGAAUCAACUUCAGACCAUUGUAUUCUUAUCACCACAGACCCCUCCCGCCCGGUUAAUAAGCGCAAUCGUCGUUUCCAUUUUGAGGCGAUGUGGACCAAAAGAGAUGAUUGCAAAGAAGUCAUUGAUGCUGCCUGGAACUCCGGCACCCUUGCCAUCACGCCGGAUGGGAUUGCUUCCAACCUCCAAAGAUGUGCUGCUGCUCUUUCAACUUGGAACCAGAAUGUAGUGGGAAAUAUUACAAAGAAAAUCCAAGAAAAGAAAAGAGCCCUCUCGUCUCUUUCCAUUGAUGACAGAGGCAAUAAGGGGGCCGAAGUCAACCGGCUUAGAAGGGAAAUUAAUGAUUUGUUGGAUAGUGAAGAGAUCAUUUGGAGGCAGCGCAGCAAGACUCAUUGGUACAAGGAAGGGGACCGAAACACAAAGUUUUUCCACGCCCACGCCUCGGAAAGAAGGAAAAAAAACACCAUUUUGGGGCUUUAGAAUGAUGACGGUGUUUGGUGUGAGAAUAAGGACAGCAUCACUGCUGCUGCAAUUUCAUAUUUUGAGAAGAUUUAUUCCACCUCCUCUCCAAGUGGAAUUAAUGAAGUCACCCAUGCAUUAUCUAGGUGUGUUACGGAGGAUAUGAAUGCUGAGCUCACCAAGGCCUUUACAAGAGAUGAAGUCACCAUUGCCCUCAAGCAGCUCCACCCAACCAAAGCUCCUGGACCGGAUGUUAUUAUCAAUGGUGAGGCUUGUGGAAACAUUACCCCCACAAGAGGCAUAAGGCAGGGGGACCCCCUUUCCCCCUACCUCUUUCUUCUUUGUGCUGAAGGCCUCUCUGCUCUCUUUCACAAAGCUGCUCGGGACAAGCAAAUAAAUGGAAUUGCUAUCGGCAGGGGCUGCCCUUCCCUUACUCACCUCUUCUUCGCUGACGAUAGCCUCUUUUUUUGCAAAGCAUC